CUUUCAAACUGAAAAACGUGUUCAACCGUGACAAGCGUUCUUUAUAUUUUCAGUCGUGAAAAGGAACAAAUUUUGUUAAAAAAGAGUGUGUUGAAGUUAAACAUUCACGAUGGAAGAGGCAGAAGAUGUUAAUGAAAUACAAAUUGCUGAAAAAGCGUGGCAAAAAUCUGUGGAGUCUGCUAAAAAGAUAGGAUUUAGAGAAGGAAUUGACGCCGGUUCAGAUUCUGUUCUUCAAGAGGGAUUUGACACUGGCUACGCAGAAGCUUUCAAAAUAGCCUUUGCUCUAGGAGUAUAUAAAGCUCUCGCCACUGCUUUACCAGAAGAAGUGAAAAUUCCACAAGAAAUCCAAGACAUUUUAAGUAUGACAAGAAGAGGCGCUUGCGUCUUGUGCAAAACAGAACCACAGAUUCAAUCUCGUAAAAAAUCCAAGGAAGAAUCGGAAAGUUCCGAAAAAUCCUUAGAAGAUGUGAUAAAAUCUCAACGAGAACAUUCUGUCCACACGAUCCAAACUUUAUACGAAUAUUUCGAACCUUUGUUUAAAAAAUAUGAGCUGGACGUGGAAGAUCUUCCUCGACCUGACAGAGAUCUCUGACAAUCAUAAUAAUUUUAAUCAUAGAAAUAUAAGUUAAAAAAAAAAUAAAACAUUGAAAAUAAAUGUUUAUGAAUAGUAAUAAUAAUGAAACCAUUAUUGAUUUUCCCUGAAUGUUAUACGUUUUUUCAGGUAUAAAAUAAACCUUACAC